AGUAUGUAAGACUUGAAAAAAGCACACUAAAAACUGUACCUUUCACCCACCCUCUGCAAUAAGAUUUCUUUCUUUCCUUACUUGCUCAUGCUAAAUUUUAGAGAGAAAAAAAAGUGCAGAGACGGAGAGGGAGAAAGAUCUAAUGGAGUACGAAAGGAUACACAAAGUUCAGACAGGUAUAAUUUCUCCAAGUAAGCUGAGGAUGAAGCUCACUGGGCCUCACCAUCAUAGAAAAACGGGUGGAUCAAAUAGUAACUCUGCAAGAACUUCUCCUUCCAGGCUUGAGGAUUCCGACUUUGCGAACAACAGCCUGUUAGGCUCCAAUAAUGGAGGUUUUGAUGAAGAAGUUACAUCUCCCAUCUUAGAAGUUUCGUGGUUGAAGUUAUCCAGUGAGCCAGUCUUCAAACAGACUUCAUGCCAGCAGAAAGACUCAUUGCAAAAGGAAAAUGGUGUCUUGGGUCGUAUUAAUAUGCAUCAGUUUUCAAAGUUUGAAAGUGGUAAUUCAAGCACAAUUCAUCCUGUGAGAUCCAUAGAAGAAGACAAUCUUGAUUAUGAUAGCAAUGCUAGCUCAUCUAGCUUUGAGUUUCAUAAGGGUGAGAGAUCGGUACACAAUCCCUAUACAAUAUCCUCAUCGAGAUCCAUGCCAUCAAAGUGGGAUGAUGCUGAGAAAUGGAUAAUGAAUAGGCAAAAUGUACAGGCUCAAUCUUCUAAAAUCUCACAAAACCAAGCAAAUCAAUUGCCACUGACAAAUACUGUCAGAGUUGCUCCAGAGUCUGCUAAUUAUGAUCAUAAGGAUACGGUAAGCAAAACGGCAGAGACAAAGACAGUUGAUUUCUUUCAACAUGUUUCACAUAUGGGGCUUGGAAAGUUCUCUUUCGUUUCCAAUGGGAGUCGCCCCAUUUUGGAUCAAGCAGGUGGGAAUGCAUUAACUGAUCCAGGCCUUCUAAGUGAGAAUUUGAAGGAAGUUGGUCAUAGGGAUUUAUCAUGCACAAAAACAGAAGAUAUGACAGGCUCUCCUGCCAUAAGAUCAGUCUCAAUGAGAGACAUGGGGACAGAAAUGACCCCUGCCACAAGUCAAGAACCUUCUAGGACUGCUACUCCAGUAGGGGCUACAACUCCACUCUGCAGCCCAACUUCCUCAAUCCCAUCUACUCCUCACAGAGGUGCACCUGCUCCCACACCUGUGGAGAACACUGAUGAGGAGUCACAGAAUCCAAUGGAAAAUAGACAAAAGGAAUUGUCAGAAGAAGAACUGAAGCUCAAGACAAGGAGAGAAAUAGUAGCCCUUGGUAUCCAGCUAGGUAAGAUGAAUAUUGCUGAAUGGGCAAAUAAGGAUGAUCAAAAGAAAAAACCUCGUGCUCAAACUAUUAGUAUAGGGGAACUUGAACGGAUUGAAUUUGAGAAACGUGCAGCUGCAUGGGAGGAAGCUGAAAAAUCUAAGCAUAUGGCAAGAUACAAGAGUGAGGAAAUCAAAAUCCAGGCAUGGGAAAGUCGGCAGAAGGCAAAAGCAGAAGAAGAGAUGCAGAGAAAAGAGUCACAAGUUCAACAAAUGAGAGCCCAAGCUCAAGCGAAGAUGGUGAAGAAGAUCGCAAUGACUAGGCAACGAUCAGAAGAAAAACGGGGGGCAGCUGAAGCCAGAAAAAACCGCGAGGUAGAAAGAACUGCAGCCCAUGCAGAAUGUAUGCGACAUAAAGGGCGCUUGCCAUCUACACAUUACAUCUGUUGUGGUUGGUUGUCAUGAACCAGAACUACAAAUAGAAUGUAAAUGCUUCAUAUAGUAAUUACUUUGCAUAGAAUUCUUGACCCCCUGAGAGUGUAGUACUGAUGUUUGCUGCUCAACCUUGUAUUUACCAAGUAACUUCAGUGUGUAAGCUACCAUAUGAACGAAAUUUGUAAUGUAACCAUGGAUCUGUCAUAUGAAAGAAAUUUUGGAA